GGCAUUUCAUGUGAUGUCAAAAUUUAGUUUACAUACUCUUUUUCAGAAAUGGAGGAUUCAAAGGAAAAUCAUAUGCCCACCUCAUCCACUCGGACAGCUCCUUCUGGACGUCCUGGUCCAGUCGAGAAUGUUCACUUCGAGUUUUCAAAGCACUCCAAUGCAGCAACUGCAAAUGGGUCGUACGAAAGAGUCCCUGAUGGAGCUCCAAACGUAGAUACAAUGAAUGAAACAGAGCACAGUUUUGUUGUUAAUGGUUUCAGCCCUGCUGAUGGUGUUGUUGCUCCUCUUACCACAAGUGUAGUUGGUGAUAUCAAUUGUGAAGUGAACACUGAAACAAGACAACAAGGAUCGCAAGUUGACAGAAAUCAACUUCCAGUUCACUGUCGGCAUCAGCCGACAACAAAUGAAGAUUUCUCAAUGCAAGAACAAGAUGAACAAAAGUAUUACAGUGGACUUUGCUUGGAUAAUGUUCAGACAAAUGGCUCAGCUGCUAAAGAACAGCAGCACACAAGUACUGUUUGUGUGCACGUGGGUGGAGCCGUACAAAUUGUAACUGCUGAAAUGGAAGGGAGUGACGACUGCCCACAGAAAGUUGAGGGCCAUGAGAAUGGAACUGAUUUUUCUGAUAUGUCACAGGAGAUAUAUGCUAUUGUGCGUCAGUAUCAGGCUGCAAGAAGAGUACAAUCGGAGCACAAUAUGCCUAUACCGGCAGUUAGCACCCCAAAGACAGCCACCGUCCAUGAGGACGAAGCUCCAAUACUAGGUAGUGGAGAGGGUGAAAAGAAUAAGGACUGUUCCAAAGAGAGUAAAGGAGUUGAAGAGGAAGACGAAGAAAGGCUGGAGGAGCGAGAAAGCAUGCAACGGUGGUUGAUUGACAACUGCUAACCAUGGUGAACAUGGCUAGUUCAGCUACCGGCGUCGCGAAACGCAGAAUGCAAGAAGUGGCGGGAAGACUGGCUGAAAAUAAAUAGGUGUUACUCUAUGUUAUAUACUUUAACCAUAUA